AUGGCCACCGAAACAGCCACCAAACCCCCUCCCGCAAAGGAAACCUUCCACUUCAUCAACGCCCCCUCCGACGCCAUCAACGAAGCCUGCCACGGCCUCACAAUCCUCAACCCGACCCUCUCCUACAACCCCUCCUACAAAAUCCUCUACCGCGCCGACCUCCCCUCCUUCGCGACCUCGCACGUCACGACCAUCGGCUUCGCCGGCGGCGGCCACGAGCCCAUGUUCGGCGGCUUCGUCGGCGCGAACUACCUCUCCGCGUACGUCUCCGGCAACAUCUUCGCGUCGCCGACCGCCGCGCAGAUCUUCGAGGCGAUCAAGCUCUGCCAGCCGCAAGAUGGGAGCACGAAGAGCAAAGGCACGCUGGUCGUGUGCGGGAACUACACGGGGGAUAUUCUGAACGCCGGGCUGGCGAUCACGAGGGCGCAGGCCGCGGGGUAUAAAGUGCACUUCACGCCCGUGGGGGAUGAUGUCGCUGUGGGCAGGAAGAAAGGCGGCAAGGUCGGACGGAGGGGCCUCAGUGGGCAUCUUGUGGCGCUGAAGAGUGCGUGUGCGUUGGCGGAGAGGGGGGAGAGCCUUGAGAGGGUGGCGGGGGUUAUGGAGUAUGUCGCGGGGAAUGUGGGGACGAUUGGGGUGGCUUUUGAUCGGGUGGCUCUGCCGAAUGCUACAUUGACGGAUUUGCAGACGCUUCCGCCAGCUACCAUCGAGUUGGGGAUGGGAGCGCAUGGAGAGCCUGGUUUGCAGCAGAUUUCGCCAAUACCCUCACCGGAGGCGUUGGUUUCGCAGAUGCUGGAUUUGCUCCUGGACAUCUCGGACAGUGACCGGGCUUUUAUCCCGUUCUCGAAAUCGUCACAUCCUACCAGCGAUAAUGAAGUCGUCCUUUUAUUGAACAGCUUGGGCUCUACUUCGGACGAAGUCCUGGCACGGUUCGCUGAACUGGCAAAGAACGAAUUGGAGAAACGAGGGUUUGUGGUUAGGAGACUGACGUUGGGCCCCCUUGUUACCAGCUUGAAGAUGAGCGGCUUUGGUAUUACGGUUUGGAGACUGCCUCCAGAGAGCGGCGAGGCUCUGGAUCGAAAGCAGGCUGUGGAAUUGUGGGACUCUCCUGUUGAUGUCGUUGCUUGGAGGCAGUAA